AGGAGCCCAGCUGAGCACCGGGGACACCGGGGGACAUCUGCGUCUUUGUGUCCGUCCAGACUCCGGUCUUUAGCAUGAUGUCUUAUCUCAAGCAGGCCCCGUACGGGAUGAACGCACUGGGCCUGGGCGGAGCCGCCAUGGACCUGCUGCACCCGUCGGUCGGGUACCCGGGAAACCCGCGGAAGCAGCGGCGGGAGCGGACCACGUUCACGCGGACGCAGUUGGACAUUUUGGAGUCGCUGUUCGCCAAGACGCGCUACCCGGACAUCUUCAUGAGGGAGGAGGUGGCGCUGAAAAUCAACCUGCCCGAGUCCAGAGUGCAGCUACGGGCCUCCUACUCCUAUAAAUCAGAUUCAAAGCCGAUCUUUUCCCGACCUGCCUGUCCCUCGGCCUGCGUUACGCGAGCUUUAUGA